AUGUCAAACCUUCCCACCAAGGACGAUAUCAAAGCCCAAGCCGUCGAUGGCCGCCCCAUCACCCAAACUGAGGCCGCAGCCAUCGCUUCAGAAGAGUCCAGCUUGACAGGCGGUGGUCCCAUUAAGGGUGGCGCUGCUGCAACUGCUCAAAGUAUGCACGAUAGACAAAAGAACUUUUUGGAAAAGGCUGGCGAGGUUGUGAGGAAGGAUCCUACUGAAGUAACCAAGGAGGAUGCCGCUGAGGUUCAAAGGGCCGAGGCUCGAGCAAAGGGUGGACCACCUGGAAAAGGAUCAACAGCUGCUGAUGUGCAGUCUGUUGCCGAUACGAAUGCUCAGGCAUAA